CAGAAGAAUGGAUCCCUCACGCAGACCAUAGUGGGCAGUCUCCCUAAACCAUGUGUGGGUCCCCUGGGGCCUCUGCUGAGAGUAUGAAGGACCAAUCAUUUGUGAGGCACAAAAUAAGAAAAGAAACCGUGCUUCAUGAGGGAAGAGACCUGGGUCUGAGUCACAACUCCAUCUCCAGGGUCUGGGACACUGCUUACCACAUAGUACAUACGAAGUAUCUAGAACAGCACCUGGUUUAUCAGAGGCAUAUAAACAAGUGUUAACAUUUAUUGUGACGGCUAAUCUAUACGUUUUUUAAGCAAACUGAACUUUAUAAGCGAAACCAUGAGCCCAUAAUUUGGCAAUAGAACAACCUGAGUGAACAUACCUGGUAUUCAGGCGUCUUAUAAAGGACAUUAGAGGUCAUGGUUUUCUUUCUUUCUUAUCCGGUACUGAGUCACACUUUGAUAAGGGCUUUGCACCCAAACACUGAGUGCUUCUCAAUCUAACUGCACACUCUAGUUCAAUAGGAAAGGUACUGGAGCUCUCUUCAGGACAUGACAAAUUAUACCAGGUAACUUGAACUAAAAAUAGGAAGUGGGUCCUGCCUCUCGCCUUCCAAACAGCACAAGCCAAGCAAAAACGUCAACAAGCGAUGUGUUUACCUGAAGUACUACUCCUGAUCUGUCAGUAAUGCUCAAAUAUGGAAAAAUUAAUGUGGAGAACAAGUGACAACGGCAGCACCUCUUAUCUAACACAUGUGGCCACUGAUGUCAAAAUGCUUAUUUACUCAAAUGCUGAUUCUGCAUUUCCAGGUCACCCCAAUCACCACCUAUUUGUGAGCAGCUAGUUACACUGGGCGGCUGUCACCAAGUUCCUCCUACCAGUGUAUUUCAGACAGAACCAUGUCUUACCCACCACAGCUGCCACCAUGGACUACCGCAAGUUGAUCUGGCAAAGAUUAAGAAGAAAAUCUAUUUAGAUUGUUGCCUAGCUCUUCACUCGCCAAAUGAUGUGGUGAUGUUGAAAAAAGUAGAAAAUUUCAAGGGGGGGGGGUGGUGGAAGCCAGGAUUACUUUGGAUCACUGAAGGAAAAGAAGUAGCACAAAGGCCAGCAUGACACCCACAGAGAUCCAAACAUCUCUCUUCUGUUUCCAUUUCCUGGCAGCAGUGAGUAAAUUCUGACUGACCAAUUCAGCUGUGACAGGAGACCCAUUAUUUUGUGGUUUCUGUCAAGUUCCUGAUUCUCAUCUGUUCUUCAAGAUGAGCGAGAACUCUGCGUGUAACAGACUUUCUCUGGAGUGUAUAUUGAGACAUAUUCUGAAAUGAAUGCUGUUUGACUCACAGUCCAAGGGCUGCAGACAGUGAGUUGCCUACCAAGUAGUGGCCCUUCGGUUUGGCUUCCUCAUCACCAACCAUCCCUUCUCACAUCUCUAGGAUCAUUAGGGAAGGAACACCUUGGCCACUUCAAGAUGACAAGCACACACUGGACUACACUGCUUCAUUGACAGGAAGCCUCCUAUUCUACCAGCGCCCCCACCACGCCAAAAAGAAUUUUAAGGCCUCCCCUGCAGAAGUUACAGAAUGAUAAAUUCCACCACCACACAACCUCCGAACGAGGCCUGCUCCCGGAACACCCUCAUAACUCAGAGUAUCAUUCCCGUGCUAUACUUGGCGGUCUUUGUUGCGGGGAUCCUGCUCAAUGGUGUCUCUGCAUGGAUAUUCUUUUACGUGUCCAGCUCCAAGAGUUUCAUCGUCUAUCUCAAGAACAUUGUUGUGGCUGACUUUCUGAUGAGCCUGACUUUUCCCUUCAAGAUUCUUGGGGAUUCGGGCCUGGGACCCUGGCAGAUAAACGUGUUCGUGUGCAGGGUCUCAGCUGUACUGUUCUACGUCAACAUGUACGUCAGCAUCGUGUUCUUUGGGCUCAUCAGCUUUGACAGGUAUUAUAAAAUUGUAAAGCCUCUUUUGACUUCUUUCAUCCAUUCAGUAAAUUACAGCAAACUUCUGUCAGUCACGGUGUGGGUGCUCAUGCUCCUCCUGGCUGUCCCCAACAUUAUCCUGACCAACCAGAAAGCGAGGUACGGGAAGGCUACGCAUAUAAAAUGUGUAGAGCUUAAAAACGAACUGGGACUUAAGUGGCACAAGGCAUCAAACUACAUCUUUGUGGGCAUCUUCUGGAUUGUGUUUCUUUUGUUGGUCAUUUUCUAUACUGCUAUCACGAGGAAAAUCUUUAAGUCCCACCUGAAAUCCAGAAGGAAUUCCAUUUCGGUCAAGAAGAAAUCUAGCCGCAAUAUAUUCAGCAUCAUGUUCGUAUUUUUUGUCUGUUUUGUGCCUUACCACAUUGCCAGAAUCCCCUACACGCAGAGCCAGACAGAAGCUCAUUACAGCUGCCGGUCAAAAGAAAUUUUGCUCUACGUAAAAGAAUUCACUCUAGUACUGUCAGCUGCCAAUGUAUGCCUAGACCCUAUUAUUUAUUUCUUUCUAUGCCAGCCGUUUAGAGAAAUCUUAUGUAAGAAACUGCACAUCCCAUUAAAAGCUCAGUCUGACUCAGAAACUUCUAAAACCAAAAGAGGAAAUACAAUGCAUGAAAGCACAGACACUCUGUGAAUUCCCACCUCCUUUCAAAAAGAAUCCAUGUACACAUUUUGCAAUCUUCAGUUACAUACGAAUACAAAAGAAACAUGUCCAUGCAACUAAGUAUCAUCUCUAUGCAUUACUAUUCAAUUUAGUAUAAUAAUAAAAACAAAAUAUAAGUUCCCCUGCUUUUGUAACAGCAAAGAAAAAAGUAAUACAUGCAUUGUUCAAUUUUAUUCCAUCAAAACACAAGUUUUCAAUGUAUAAUCACUCGUCUCGUCAGUUCAUGUAGAAGUUUAAAUACCAUAAAGAAAAUAGGAAGCAAUCAAGACAAUUCACUGGGGCGUGUUCCUUCUCUAAAUACAAGAAUUUAACUUAUGUGGUUUUUUUUCACCAGGGUUACUAAAGACCAACCUAAAAGCAGGCAGAGUUUGAUAAAGAACUGGAGACCUGUUUGGAGUGAAAAACUCAAAUUUUCUCUGAUUUCACUUACGAAAUUCCCUACUGAUUUAUCUCCUAGCAUUUCAAAGGGAAGUUGAUAUAAAUUCUGUUCUUUGCAGGAAAAACAAAAUGUAACACUUUGAUAACAUUUUGAAGAUGAUAAUAAGAUACAUUCUGAAUGUUUUGUAUCAAGACUUAAUAAGUUACGUCUUGAGCAUGCACUUCUGGUGUUAAAAUAUUUUUAAGUGGACUCUAUUGAAGGAAACUGGCUAUUGGUAUAUGUUGCCAGCAACUUUCCCUAUCGAAUGCUAUGGAGGAAAAAAAAAAUGAUGCCCAGGACAAACACACAAACACACACACACACAUACAUCGAGGGACAGGGGAAACAGUUUUCUUUGAAAGCAACUGGACUUGAAAAAAAGGAAAAUCUAAAAUUUGUAAUUUUGAGUGAGAAAUUACACAUAAAAUGAAAAUUUGUGACAUUUUCUGAAAAGGAGAUGGAUUUAAAGUAUGUAGAUAAGGGAUAUGGUCGCUGGCUUGUGAGUUACCAAAACUAAAUUCUUUCUCUGGUCUUAACUGCCUAGAAGACAUCCAGGCCAUCUUCCAAAUGUUAUUCUCAAACAUUUUUGUAAGCCAUGUAUAUAUACUUUUUUGCUUUACUGUAUAUGUACUAAUAAAAAUAUUUUCAAUA